AUGAGUUGUAUAAGUUCCAAUCCGGUGGAUGAACACACGUUGGUUUCGGUGUUCGUGCAGGGUCUUGCGGAUGGUCCCGUCAAGACUCACCUGUUCCGACUUGAACUAGAUUCACUAGAACAAGCCAUUUCCAUUGCGGAACAGGAAGACUUCAGUCUGAGACAGGCUCGCGCCAGCUCGACAUCAUAUCGUCAACCGAGACGAUAUGACAACGGAGGUCCAGAGCCGAUGGAACUCUGUUAUGAAGAGAGCGAGAAGGCUCGCUCUACAGGCUACAAGAAGUUGCAGAGAUGCAACAGAUGUCAAAAGACAGGACACUACGCUUACGAGUGUAGUGCCCCUCGUCCAGUGUCUCGCGACACUGGGCGUAGUGACCGUCCACCCAUGAGAAAGGGGCAGGGACGAGGGUCCGCAGUUGGUGCAAAGACGCAACAACGGGAUGGACCGUCAAAAAACGGACAGGAUCAGUAG